UAAUAUAUAUUGUUUAUGAUAUAAUAAAUAUCAAUGCAUGCUAACUAAUGCUGUCAUUCCCCAUAUACUAUAAGAACCCAGCCAUGACGACAACUAUAACAUUAAGCCUUGUUGUCUUGUGCAAUCUAUGGAUAACUGCAAGUGCAUGUCCUGCAAUGCACACAAAUAUUUCAACUGAUCCGGAAGUCGUGAAGUAGAGGUAUCAAACUUAGCUGAAAGGGCACGGACGACAUUACAGAGACGGAGAAAAAUUUAAAGUUUGUUUCGACAUUUACCAAUCAAAUGUUCAGUUUAUAGAGUUCUACAACUCUCAAAACUAUUCUUACAAGCUCCCGCCGGCCAACAGGUUUGCAGAUCUUACAAAUGAAGAGUUCCAAAGCACCUAUCAGUAUCAGGGUUAUGUACCGCGGUUGCGUGUAGAGACAGAAUUCAUGUAUCACCAACAUGGGGAUGUGCCAAAAAGCAUAGAUUGGAGGAAGGAAGGUGCGGUUACACAUGUCAAAGAUCAAGGCAGAAGUUGUUGGGCAUUCUCAGCAGUGGCAGCUCUGGAAGGCAUCAACAAGAUAAAAACAGGAAAGUUGGUUUCUCUGUCAGAAGAACAGCUGAUAGAUUGGGAUACUAAACGUGGGAACGAAGGCUGCGAAGGUGGCGACAUGGACAUAGCAUUCACCUACAUAAAAAAACAUGGAGAGCUGGACACUUCUAAAGAUUAUCCUUAUCAAGGAACAGAUGAUAACUGUAACAAGGCCAAAGCUAAAAACCAUGUUGUAACAGUAAACGGCUACGAAAGUGUACCUGCUUGCAAUGAGAAAAUGCUAAAAGCUGCAGUUGCUCAUCAGCCUGUCUCCGUUGCAACUGAUGCUGGAGGUUAUGCAUUUCAAUUUUAUUCAAAAGGUAUCUUCUCUGGAAGUUAUGGAAAGGACCUCAAUCAUGGCAUGACUAUAGUUGGUUAUGGAGAAGAAAGUGGUGAAAAGUAUUGGCUUGUGAAGAAUUCAUGGACAAAUGACUGGGGUAGUGAAUCUGGUUAUGUUAGGUUGAAGCGCGAUACUAAGGAUAAAGAUGGCACUUGCGGCAUUGCCAUGGAUGCUACCUACCCUGUCAAGCAUUAAACAGCAUGCUAGGAUAAUUUAC